CUGUAAUCUCUCAGGCAAUCACAAUCACUUGCACAAACAAAAUGGUCGCUAAGUUCGUCGUCCUGUUCGCCCUUGCGGCUGUGUGUGCUGCGGAUUACUCCCAGUUCUCUUACGGUGUAGCGGACCCUUACACCGGCGACUACAAGAGCCAGAUCGAGACCCGCGCCGGAGACAGGGUCCGUGGCCAGUACUCCCUGCUCGAUGCUGACGGCACCCGCAGAACUGUCGACUAUGCCGCCGGUGCUGAGGGCUUCAACGCUAACGUCAGGAAAGACCCCGCCCUCAUCCCUGCCGCCCCCGCUGCUAUCGCCGCUACCGCCUACCCAUACGGAUACGGAUACGGAUAUCCUUACGGAUACAACAACUUCGCUUAUGGAUACAACAACGCAGCUUACGGAUAUGGAGCCUAUGGUUAUGGUGCCCCUUACGCUUUCAGACGAUUCUACUGAACUGACAAUUAUGGCCUAGUGUAAAUACAGAUUUAUUAAAUACAUUUUUAUCCUUAAA